AUCAAACCGGGACAGGAGAAGGGGAACAACAACAACAAGCACAGUGCCCACAGCAGCUACAGCUGCCGCCCCAGCACAACUUUAUCCCUUCUGAGCACCAAGAUCAAUAUCAAGGUCUUAUUCAUGCGCCCGGAAGAACCCACGAUCCACCUGCGGCGCAGUUUUACAACUCUGGAGGAGGAUUUGUUUGGGGCCAGCCCCAGCAGCCGUUGACCGAGGGCGGAGUGCCUUCC